AUGCUCAGCCACAUCGUCCGUCCAAGCAUCCGACCUCUUGUUGGCAUUCGCCCUGCUCGAGCUAUCCAUGGCACUGCGACGCGGCAGACCUCUCCUUCGAAUCCACCUUCCUCCUCUGGCACUCACCCGUUCUCGUUCCUGCCUGCCAAUUCACUCGAGCCCAAGGCGACCCGCACCAAGGGCCUCACCGAGAUCCGCGGGCCAUACUACGCCCCGGUCACGAAGACCUACCUCGACGAGCUGCUCAAAGACUGGGGCGAAUACGUCGAUGGAGUGAAGUUUGCCGGUGGCGCCUUCUCCCUUAUGCCCGAGGACAGGCUGCGCGCGCUGAUCGACACCGCUCACGACCAUGGAUGCUACGUGAGCACGGGCGGCUUCAUCGAGCGCGUCCUUUCCACCUCCGGGGGCGACAAAUCCGUCAUCUCCAAGUAUCUCGCCGCUUGCAAGAACGUGGGGUUCGAUGUACUUGAGAUUUCCUCCGGGUUUCUCUCCAUCCCGACGGACGACUGGGCGUCGCUGAUCGAGUUUACUGCCGCGCACGGGCUCAAGCCCAAGCCCGAAGUCGGCAUCCAGUGGGGUGCAGGAGGCGACGCGUCCGUCGAAGAGCUCGAAUCCGCCGGGACGCGCGACCCCAAGUGGCUCAUCGACCGUGCGAAGGCGUUCAUCGAUGCGGGUGCCUACAUGAUCAUGAUUGAGAGCGAGGGCAUCACCGAGAACGUGAAGAACUGGCGGACGGACGUCAUCUCUGCCGUCACCUCCGCCCUGCCUGCGGAGAAGAUCAUGUUCGAGGCUGCAGACCCAGACGUGUUCGCGUACCACAUCCAGAACCAGGGCGCGCGCGCGAACCUGUUCAUCGACCACUCGCAGGUCGUGCAGCUCGCGUGCCUGCGCCGCGGGAUCUGGGGCACCGGCUCGACGUUUGCGCGCGUCGUCACUUUUGAGGGCGCGGGCGAGCAUUUCCGCAAGGGCGGCAGGGCGGUGCACAACGAGCCGUCUGAGAAGUACUGAGCGCAGGACAGUAGUACAACCGUCAAUUGCAAAAGAAAAGGAGAAGUCUUGACGUAGGAUUCAGUCAGUUCGCAGUGUACCACGUGUAUCAUAGCUUCCUUUCAA